GGAUUGUGUUUGUCUUUCUGAAAGUAGGCAGGAACUGUGUUCUCUUGCAAACCUAGAUGACCUACUCUCCAUGGACCAAGAACUUGAGGCAGAAUUCUUGAAAGGGUUACCUGUGUACAACAAAAGCAAUUUUAGCAGAUUUCAUGCAGAUUCCGUGUGCAAAGCAUCGAAUAGAAGACCAUCAGUGUAUCUUCCCACAAAGGAAUACCCUUCGGAACAAAUCAUAGUAACAGAAAAGACAAACAUUCUUUUACGCUACCUACAUCAACAAUGGGACAAAAAGAAUGCUGCGAAGAAGAGAGACCAAGAGCAAGUGGAUGUAGAAGGUGAGAAUUCCGCACCACCUCGGAAAAUCGCUCGGACAGACAGCCAGGACAUGAACGAAGACACUUAGACUUUUACUUCCCUUCUUCACUUCUCUGCAGGCGCUUCCUGUCUCAUGGUCUCAAAAACAUGUAACCUCUCCUCUUUCUCCCCCCUUCCCCUCCCGCCCCGCCCCCACCCCUUCCCACUAUGCAGUCAAAACCACUUCUGACUUUAUAGGAGCUGAUGUAUUUAUUUCCUCGAGUUUUUAUUUAUGCUGUAAAAUUUUGGGAGUGCUCGUUAAAGCAGGUUGCCUGAUGGUGUAGCGCAACUGUGAUAGAAGCUCUUUGAAAAUGAUGCGGGCCCUGGUUUUUCCCAGUUUUACUAAAUCUGUUGCUUAAUUAACUCGAAGUAGCCCUGAGAACCCAGAGCCCAAGCAGGUCCCAAGGCUGCAUCGUAGGGGGUUGAGGGGACAGGGCAGCCCUGGCUCGUUCUCAGCCCAUUGCCUCUCCUGGACUCCAAAAUGGCAGGACCUCAUAGGAUUUCCAGACUGGACCGUGAACGAGCCGUUGACCCUGUCCCUGUCUUCUUUCCUCCACACCCCUGGUCCCCUUUUCCUUUCUUCCACCCAGCCUUGUCUAGAGGAGAUGUAUCUCCCAAACUCUUAUUUUUUUAACUCACUGUUUUGUCUUUGCUGCUCUGGUGUUCUGUCAGGACCACACAGUACUGGGCAGCGUUGAUCCAAUUUCCUGGCUUGUCCUGGAGAGGGAAGCUGGCAAGAGUUCUCCUGGCCUUUAUAGCUCUAGACCCGCCCCCUCGCCAAGACAAGACAACACAUGACCCCCGCCUUCAACCAAAUCAGCAAGAUAUUUCCUUUGCCCUCAAGUAUGUGAUUUGGCAGCAUGUUUUAGUUACAGCAGAACGGAGGGAGGUUUCCAAUUUGGAAAGAAUAUGACCUCCACUCUCCUUGCCCCUCCUCCCCCCACCCUGGCCUUCGGGAAGAGGGCACAUUAUCAUCUGUGUGUCCAGAGAUACCUGCCUAGCAGUCUUGGGAUUGUAACCUUCCCUAGAGUAGCUCGGCAGUAAGAGCUUCUUGGUUUUUGGAUAUUUACGGCUAUCAUCAGUCCCCACGCUCUCCAUCUUUCCAAUCUGAAGGGGCUUCUCUGGCAGGAACUGGGCUUCAGACCCUGUGGUGGCCAGAGAGACCGUGGGUUUCCAAGGGCAAGGAAUGCUUGGCUUGGGGGACUCGGGAGGGGGAGGGGGGGCGGUCCUGGUGCUCAGGCACUGCUUACCACCGCCCCCCUCCCCCCGCAUGCAUACACACACUCACACUAACACACACACAUACACAUACACACACACACACACACAUAUGCGCGUGCACGCAUUCACAGAUUCCCAAGCUACCGCACAGCCAGCCAGCUGCCUUCUAAAGGAUGAGCCAGUGGAGUGGAGAGGAGGGUGCCCCUGCCACCUGGGUGUCAAGUUGGGGCUGGAAUUGGCUGAGCGCCCCCCCCGUGGAAGGAGAGGAGGCACUGUUGAACUUCUGUUCGGAAAUUGGACUUUUGCCUUAUGAACUAUGAUGCUCCUCCGGCGAGCAUUCUUCUGGAGGCCGCACAGUGUUUUCUCCCUGGACCUCUCCUCCCUCCCGUCUCCCUCCCUCCAGUGUCAGAGGGAGAACAAAACCCCUUCAAGUGGAACAGAAGGUGCUGGUUCGGGCUUGCAGCCAGAACUCAGACGAGUGUGCGUGCGUGCCCCCGUACCCUCGCGCGCCCCCCUGUCCCCCACUCCUCACACACCCCCAAACCGGGUCUUAAUGGUAGUAGGGGUUCGGUGCUAAGGGCUUACCCUCUCUUUGUCUCUGGCUCCGAGUCUGAUUGAUGGAAGGAGAAAUCUCCGUGUCAUCCUGCUUUCCGGAGCACAUCCGGCCAAGGAGACGAAGCCAACCCUUUGAUUCACCAAGACACUGGCUGGGGUCCCUUUAAAGAGUCGACAUGCAUGCCAAGCCCAAUGGGGACUCGAGUGACUCUGCUACUGACUUGCUGGAAAAGCUUGGGCGAAUUGCUUUGCCUCUCUGUGCCUCAAUUCCAGCACCCUUCCCCUCCCCCCACAUCUGAGAAAUAGACUGACCAGCAGAUUCCGGAUGUGUGCCCUGCUUUGAGAUCUCCAGCUGGAUAGCCCGAGGAGUGGCCAAAGUGUUCCUCUGUGGAAAUGACAAAUGAUAGUUCUCUUGCUCCUCAGCGACUGACUCUGUCCACUAAAGAUUUGUGUGAGGCCCCCGUUCUGGGGCCUUGCUGACUUUUCAGAAAAUCAGAGCAAAGGGGAGGAUCUGAAUCGUACCUUUCUGAUGCCCAGUUCCAUGUCAAAGGAUGUUUCCGCUUCCGAAACCUCUUACGUCUCCCCCCUACCCCCCUCGUCUUUUAGCCACUUGAUCUUCGGGUAUACAGGGCAGAUUUAAACACUGCACUCGGAAAUGAGAGGAGUCAGAUCCUCAGGUACAUACCAGUCUCUGGGGAAAGGCGAAAGAGACAUACACUACCGCAUGCACUCACUCACUUGCACUUACACUCCUUCACUCGUGCACACACACACUUGCAUGUGUACGCACGUGCAUCCCCCCUCCCUCCCCCCCCACUGUUUAACUUGUAGGUGUCCACAGCGCUGCAUCAGUUUCUCUUGAGGAUGUUUUGAGAUGGAAUAGGUUUUAUUAUGGGUGGGGGAGAAAUCCUUCAGAGAGGAGGGGUGGAGUUGCCUUGCCCAGGGUUGAGGAUCCAGAGUGAGGAGAGCCAGUGGUUUGAAUAUGCACCUUGGCAGGAGGAGCAGAUGUUGCCCUCUCCAGGCAAAGACCCGAGGUGCUUCAGGACGAGGCCGCCUGUCACAAGGUCAGCUCAAAUGGGCUGCAGAUGAGAAUUUCAAGCCAACCUCCCUGCUCUCCCACGAGUGGGGAUCUUGAGCCAGUGCACCCAGAGAUCAGGCUUGGCUUCUGGGUUGCAGGGGCACUGUGGGGCUGCUGACCUCUGUUUCCACGUAAUCUGGCUUUCAUUUUGUGCCUUACGCGGUUGGUGGUUCUGAAUGUUUUUCCUUCGGCCUUGAAGCCAAGGUGGAAACGGAGGCGCGAGGCAAGCCCUGUCCAGCUCUAGCAGGACGGGCUUGGAGAGAUGAAAAGGCGGACGGCCUAGUGAGCAGCCGUCCGCAGCCGUCCCGCGUUAACCUGCCAGGCCUGUAACACCUGAUGAUUCCCUGCAAUGUGACGGGCUCUUGGGUUUUCCACCAGACCCUCCUGAAAUGGUAGUUGGGUGAAAGAACAUAAAAAUCUAGUUCCCAGGGAGUGUGUCGUUGGGGGUCACAUUUUGGCUAAACUGGUUAAUGUCUGAAAUUUUGGACAUCCAAGCCGUUUGGUACAAAUCCCUGGGAGCCAAGUGACUCUGAGUGCCUCACUGGCAUUUUCCCAGGGCCACUGGGGGAGGCUCAGGGUAGUGGCACUGAGGUGUGUGCAUCCCCAACCCCUCUUUUCCCCAUCAAGGGGAAUGGUGGAAAGAGCUGUCUCCAAGGAGUAGGUCACAGUUCUCUGGGAUUUCAGGGAGCUGAGAUGCAGCUGGGGCUUAGGUGAUAAUAGAAAUUGUGGCAAGUGCUCUCACUCUGUGCUAAGCGCUGGGUUAGAUACAAGAUAAUCCAGUUGGUCACAGUCCCUGACCCAC